GGGAGGGCGCGUCCUUCCUCCCCCAGGGCGGCGGCGGCGCCUGCAGCGACUGCCGCCGCGCCCCGGCCCGGCACACCUUUGGGGACAGUGGGGACCGCCCUGUUCGGCGGGAGCUCAGAGCGCCCACCUACGCCGAGCCUUCCGGCUAGCGGAGGAAGAGCCAGCCGGGGAGGCACGGAGGCGGGAGUCAGACCUCCGCGCUGCCGGCGGCUCCUUAGAAAGAUUACCGAGAGGAUGGGAUGGAUCUAGGCAGUGACGCCGGCAGCAGCAGCAGCAGCAGCAGCAGCAGCCGCGCCAGUUCGCAGUCCAACUCCACCAAAGUGACCCCUUGCUCCGAGUGCAAAUCGUCAUCGUCGCCGGGGGGCAGCCUAGACUUGGUGUCUGCCCUGGAGGACUAUGAGGAGCCCUUCCCGGUUUACCAGAAGAAGGUGAUUGAUGAGUGGGCGCCGGAGGAGGACGGGGAGGAGGAGGAAGAGGAGGACGAGCGCGACGAGCCAGGGUACCGAGAUGACCGCUGUCCCGUCCGGGAGCCGGGGGACGUGAGCGCCAGGACCCGCGGCGGCGGCGGCGGCGGUAGGAGGGCCACCACCGCCAUGCCGCCCCCGGUGCCCAACGGCAACCUCCACCCGCACGACCCCCAGGACCUCAGGCACAAUGGCAAUGUGGUGGUAGCCGCCUGGCCGAGCGGUUCUCGAGGCCCCCGCAGGGUGGCCCAGAAGCCCCAGACGGCGGGGGGCCGGCGUGGCGGCCGGGGCCCGGCGGCUGGGAGCCUCUGCCUUCAGCCCACGGACCCCGGAACGUGCGUGCCAGCGGAGCCCCCGAUGCCCCCAAUGGACUGGGAGGCACUGGAGAAGCAUCUGGCUGGACUGCAGUUCCGGGAGCAGGAGGUGCGGAACCAAGGCCAUGGGAGGACCAACUCCACCUCAGCACAGAAAAAUGAGAGAGAAUCUAUCCGACAGAAGCUGGCACUCGGGAGCUUCUUUGAUGAUGGCCCAGGAAUUUAUACCAGCUGUAGCAAAAGUGGGAAGCCAAGCCUUUCCUCUCGCCUGCAGAGUGGGAUGAACCUGCAGAUUUGCUUUGUCAACGACAGUGGCAGUGACAAGGACAGUGAUGCAGAUGACAGCAAGACUGAAACCAGCUUGGACACCCCCUUGUCACCCAUGAGCAAACAGAGUUCUUCCUAUUCUGAUAGAGACACUACUGAAGAGGAAUCUGAAUCCCUAGAUGAUAUGGAUUUCCUCACCAGGCAAAAGAAAUUGCAAGCCGAAGCCAAAAUGGCCCUCGCCAUGGCCAAACCCAUGGCCAAAAUGCAAGUAGAAGUGGAAAAACAGAACAGGAAAAAGUCUCCCGUCGCUGAUCUCCUGCCACACAUGCCUCAUAUAAGCGAAUGCUUGAUGAAAAGAAGUUUAAAGCCCGCUGACCUGAGAGACAUGACGGUUGGGCAGCUACAAGUGAUAGUCAAUGAUCUCCAUUCGCAGAUAGAAAGCUUGAAUGAAGAGCUGGUCCAGCUGCUUCUCAUCCGAGAUGAGCUGCACACAGAACAAGAUGCUAUGCUGGUGGACAUUGAAGACUUGACCAGACAUGCCGAAAGUCAGCAGAAGCACAUGGCAGAGAAAAUGCCUGCAAAGUGAGAAGAAGCCAUCCAACCGGAGGACAAGCUAGACUUCAUUUUGCUUCUGUGGUUGUAAAAAUGUUGUUGCUAAAGGUGGCACAGAAACAAACAAAUAUCAGUGUUAGUCAUUGAUGAUGUCUGAAGCUUAAUGUCCAGUGAUUGGCCGUUGCUUCUUAAUUUAUUUUAAUUUUUUUACUGUGCCACUAAAUAUCAGGCAUUUUAAUAAAAUAAUGUUACAAAAAUGUACAGUACUUACACCAUCACAAACUCAUGGUUAAUUAAAGAGGGUAGUUUUAACUUUAUUUUUAUUUGUUUAGACAUUUUAAGUUGGAGCAGUGUUCUCCCAUUCACUACUUUCAUCCUUCACUGUAGUUUUAAAGAACUGUAAAUGACGGUGCUAUAUAAGUCAAAAAAUACAUGCCUGCCUCGUAGUGAAGUUGUAGCUCUCCAUAAUAUGUAUAUUUUAAUCAGUUUUCAACAUUUUGUGAAUGUUGACUACCUGAAGUUCAUUUUUAGAUGUGCUAUUAACAUUCUGUUGGAUUCAGAGGGUUCCUUGAAAGUUUUAUGUAUAAAUAUGUAAAAUAAAAAUUAAAACUUUGUUUCA